AUGCAGGCUAAUAAGUUUGAAGUUGCGUUCACUGGCUGUGUUACACGCCCGCACCUGCCCCCUCCACAGGGACUUACACCCUCCCCCGCCCCAGAGGAGCGAGGCCAGAAGCAGGGAGAGAAACUGCGGCGCUUCCCCAGCGGGAGCGGCAGGGGUGGGCAGGACGAGUCCCACCACAGGCGGGCACCGGGAGCAGAGCGGCGACGGGAACGUGCCAGGACACAGGGGAGGAGAAGAGGGUGCAGGAGAUCAAAGGCAUGGAAAGGGUUCAAGGGAGACAAAGAGGCAAACAAGAAAGGAAUCUUCGGAUCAGUUCCUGGCUCUGGAAGAGGCUAUGAUCUGGAGGUUGGCAGUGGUGUGUGGUCCAGUGGUUUCAGACAACAUAUCAAGGAUAAGAAAUUUCAUGCUUUUGUUUGUUUGUUUUUUUGUACUGAAAGUCUACGUGACAAAAUAGAUAAGGUUAUAUGUUAUAUCUUACCUCAGUUACCUGUCACUUCCCUCCCCCCGCCCCACCGCUCACUUCUGCAAGCACAGAGCUGCCCAGCUGAAGAAGGCCGUGUCUGGGCUCCGCUGAUUCUGCAACUGAACGACGUCUCCUGGGUCCUAGUGCCAGUCGUUCUCCGCUGCUGUGUGCUGGAAGCCUUCCUGUUUUCUGUGCAAAAAAUUCCCUCUGGAGUAAUAGGAGAGACCUGGUUUCCAUUCCCAGCUAUCCUGAAAUGACUAUAUGAAACCUCUCCAGUUAACUUACUUGUAAAACAGGGGAAUGAUACCUGAGUACUUUUUAUGGCAGGAGCCUUUGCUCAAUAAUAAAAGAUCACAAGUGCAUAGAAAUAUAACAGUAGUCGGUAGAGAGGAGAUCAGAACUCCUGGCUCCCAACUCAGUGCACUUUUCCCUAGGCUGCUUGGGCGGAUUUUUCUUCUCUCACUCAUCUGUGGAACAUCGCUCAGUUUGGUGCGAAGUAGAACAGGCAGUGUGAUUUUUGCAAAGAUGUGGAACAUCCCACAAAACAUAGUAAACAAAAUUUUCAGCUAGUUCUCCAUUGCCAUAUCAUCCUGCUCCACUCACCUAUGUACAUUACCUAUCCAAACUUAAUGUAGACCCCUAAAAUUUGCAAAACUACAUGCAAAAGUGAAAACAAAUUAGUAGAUUACAAAAUGUAAUUUCCUAUUCAAGGGAUCAAUUUCCACUAUACUUUACAUAUACUACUACCUUACUCACUAUAAAACACUACGUUAUUCCCCUCUUUGCCAAAGAGUAGCUGAAUUCCUGGCAUAGCAAGUCAGUUUCCCUCGUGGAACAGAAAUUGGUGAUAUGGAGUCAGGUAUUUGUUUGGUGUAAUUUAUUUACAAAUACACAAGUCCAGUUCCUUCAAAGAAGGGUGAUAACAAAUGGCACACAGGCAUCUCCCUUUAGCAGAAAUCUCUUAUAAGGCCUAAAUAGGGUGACCAGACAGCAAAUGUGAAAAAUCGGGACUGGGUAGGGGGAAAUAGGAGCCUAUGUAAGAAAAAGACCCAAAAAUUGGGACUGUCCCUGUAAAAUCGGGACAUCUGGUCACCCUAGUUUUAACCCACAUAAGGGGUCAAGAGCAAGCAGGACAAAUGCCCACUUCUGUCAAAAAGCAGGGGUGCAGAGGAACGUGGAGUGGUGAUGCCAGCCCUGCAUGGGUGGGGGAGAGAAGGGCUCGUGUGUGGGGCAAGCAGGUUGGCCAGCCCCCGAGGGCGAAGCUUAGGCAAGCAGCUCAGGCCAGCCCUGCACAGGUCUGG